AAGAGAGAGAAGAAAGAAGAGAAGAGAGAAGAAAGAGAGAAGAGAAGAAGAGAAGAAGAGAAGAAGAGAAAGAAGAGAGAAGAGAAGAAGAGAAGAGAGAGAAAGAAAGAAAGAAGAAGAAGAGAAGAAGAGAAGAGAGAAGAGAGAAAGAGAAGAGAAGAGAGAAGAAAGAGAGAAGAAGAGAAGAGAAGAGAAGAGAGAAGAGAAGAAGAGAGAAGAAGAAGAGAGAGAAGAGAGAGAGAGAAGAAAGAGAAGAAGAGAAGAGAAGAGAAAGAGAGAAAGAAGAGAAGAGAAGAAGAAAGAAGAGAAGAAGAGAGAAAGAGAAGAGAGAAGAAGAAAGAGAAAGAGAGAGAAGAAGAGAAAAGAGAAAGAGAGAAGAAGAGAAAGAGAGAGAGAAGAAGAAGAAGAGAGAAGAGAAGAGAAGAAGAGAAGAGAAGAGAAAGAGAAGAGAGAGAAGAGAAGAAGAAGAGAGAAGAGAAAGAGAGAGAAGAAGAGAGAAGAGAAGAGAAGAAGAGAAGAAGAGAAAGAAGAGAAGAGAAGAGAGAAAGAGAGAAGAGAAGAAAAGAGAGAGAGAAGAGAAGAAGAGAGAGAAGAGAGAGAAGAGAAGAAGAAGAGAGAAGAGAGAGAAGAGAAAAGAGAAGAGAAGAGAGAAGAAGAAAAGAAGAAAGAGAGAAAGAAGAGAAGAGAGAGAGAAGAGAAGAGAGAAGAGAAGAGAAGAAGAGAAAGGAGAGAAGAGAGAGAGAAGAAGAGAAGAGAAGAAAGAGAGAGAAGAAAGAGAGAAGAGAAGAGAAGAGAGAAAGAGAAGAAGAAGAGAAGAAAGAGAAAGAAGAGAGAAAGAAGAGAGAAGAGAAGAGAGAGAAGAGAAGAAAGAGAAGAAAGAAGAGAAGAGAAGAAGAAGAGAGAAGAAAGAGAAGAAGAGAAGAAGAAGAGAGAAGAAGAGAAGAAAGAAGAAGAGAAAGAAGAGAGAAGAAGAGAAGAGAAAGAGAAGAGAAGAGAGAAGAGAAGAGAAAGAAGAGAGAAGAGAGAAGAGAAAGAGAGAGAGAAGAGAGAAGAAAGAGAGAAGAGAGAAAGAGAAAGAGAAGAAGAAGAGAAGAAGAGAAAGAAGAAGAGAGAAGAGAGAAAGAGAAGAGAAGAGAAGAAGAGAGAGAAAGAGAAGAGAAGAGAGAGAAAGAGAAGAAGAGAAAGAGAAGAAAGAAGAGAAGAAGAAGAGAAGAGAAGAGAAGAGAGAAGAGAAGAAGAGAGAGAAGAAGAGAAAGAGAAGAAGAAAGAGGAGAAGAGAGAGAAAGAAGAAGAAGAGAAAGAGAGAGAAAGAGAGAAGAAGAGAAGAGAGAGAAGAAGAGAAAGAAGAAGAGAGAAGAGAGAAAGAAGAAGAGAAGAGAAAAGAGAAGAGAAAGAGAGAAGAGAAGAAGAGAGAAGAGAAGAGAAGAAGAGAAGAGAAGAAGAGAAAGAAAGAAGAGA